AUGGCCACCUCAGUCCACCAGGACGCUCAUAGUGCGGAGCGCUCACCGAUGGCGCCAAAGAAGCGGGUCAUUACACCUGCCCGCAAAGCACAGAACAGAGCCGCCCAACAAGCAUAUCGCAAGCGACAAAGCGAGCGCAAGGCUCAGGCGAUCUCGCAGCGAGGAGUUACCAAGAAAUUGGCCCCUCGAUCGUCCGCAGCGUCCCAAAAGGAGAGCUCUCCUUUUUCCGACCCUACAACAUCUCGGAGACCAUCGCUAGAGAUAUCCAAUUCCAAAAAUCCCCAAAAUUCGAGUCCUAUAACCCUCGCGGAUCCGAUGGCGAACACUCUGCGGACCACUCGGGAUACUAUCUGGGAGGCUGUUCUCAAUAACGCCGUCUGUCUUGGAUUCGAUCUGAGUCGACUCGCAGAUUGUCGCCGACCCUACAUAUCCCCGUUCUUCAGAUCGAUUACACCGCAGGAUGAACCCCAGGAUGUUGUUGCGUCUACAUUCGAUGCCACAGUACCGGUUCAUCUGCAGCCGACGAUGGCCCAGAUCCUAAUUCCACACCACGCAAGCCUCGAUCUGAUACCACUACCCCUUCUACGCGAUCGGGUGAUUAUGAUGUCUUUUGCAAUGCCACAAAUCUUUGAUCUCUGGGACUUGAAGCUAGAUAUCUACGUACGCCAUGCACUCGUUUAUCGAGCUGGUGGAUCCCACUGUGAAUCCCAGUCGUGGGACCAAAAGAGCUGGAAAGCCACACAGUGGUUCUUGCGAAAGUGGUGUUUGGAUUGGGUCAAGGAGCUGGCAUUAAGCGAAGAGCUUUGA